AUGGCUCAAUAUGACCAACUAGAAGAUAAGGACUCACUGGACAUCCAUGACAAUCCUCCAGCUCCUGACAAUGUGGUAAAAGAGGAUGACAACACUGUAUAUUUUGUUUAUGAUGAAGAGGUUGAGGAAGAGGAGGCCCCUCCCGCUCCCACCCCUGAGCCGGUGAUACUGGUGAAUGACAGACCACACAAGUUUAAAGACCACUACUGUAAAAAACCCAAGUUUUGUGACGUCUGCGCUCGAAUGAUUGUCCUCAAUAAUAAAUUUGCUUUGCGGUGCAAAAACUGCAAGACGAACAUUCAUCACCAGUGCCAGUCCUAUGUAGAGUUUCAGCGGUGCUUCGGUAAAAUACCCCCAGGUUUCAGACGAGCAUAUAGCUCUCCUCUAUAUGACCAGGAGAUUAAUAACCCUGGCCAGACAAACCGUACUGAUCCAGUGUUUGAAACUCUGAGAGUUGGAGUAAUUAUGGCAAACAAGGAGCGCAAGAAAGGCUCAGAGGACAAAAAGAAUAUGAUGAUGAUGAUGAUGGAGGAGGAAGAUGCCCAGCAGCCCAAAGAGAAUGAGGAGGGUGGAGAAGUGAAACAAGAUGGAGACAAGAAGGACAAGACAGCCACGGAUGACAAAAAUAAGAAGCAGCAGCAGACGUUCAGUCAGUCUCAUUACUACGUGGCCCUCUACCGUUUCAAAGCCAUCGAGAAAGACGACCUGGACUUUUUUCCUGGGGAUCGUAUCACAGUUAUUGACGACUCUAAUGAGGAAUGGUGGAGGGGUAAGAUUGGAGAGAAGACAGGUUACUUGCCCAUGACUUACAUCAUCAGAGUACGUGCAGGAGAGCGGGUCUUUAAGGUGACACGAUCAUUUGUGGGAAACAGAGAGAUGGGCCAGAUCACACUCAAGAAAGACCAGAUAGUGGUGAAGAAGGGAGAGGAAGUGAAUGGGUAUCUGAAGGUGAGCACUGGUCGUAAACUGGGCUUCUUCCCUGCCGAUCUGCUACAGGACAUCACUCCAUCCUGA